UUAUCCCAGAGUGCAUGAAACAGUCCUUUUCAAGAUGUAUGGAGUAUCACAUGUUGCAUCGACACUGUGAGCAAGUUCACCAGCGUUUAAUGGACAACAUAGGCGCAGCCUCUCACAACAUGUUUUUCCAAGUUAUGCUUGUGCCUUUUUGGAUGAUGACCCUGCCUGUGAGUGUUGUUCCAGAAAUCCUCUGACAGGCUCCCCUUCCCCAUGUCGCCACAGCCCUCGACUGCUCUCGAAUGGUUAUUACAUUCUGACAGAAGACAGUUUUCUGUCUAAUGAAGGGGGGAAUGUAACACUGACACCAUCCCAGACAUAUAAAGAGAAUUUAGUUCGCAUAUUCAGGCGAAGGAAGAAAACCCGUCGCUCUCUUGCCAGCUUGUUCAGUCUCGGUGAGUCCAGUUCAUGGCUCAGCAGCACUGUCCUGAGUGACAUGGAUUCCUCCAAUGUCGAUGAUCCUUGGCCUGAUGGAUGCAAUAAACUAGAAGCCAGUCAGAGUGAUAUCGGUGAUUCAGACUUUUCUUCUGAAUAUAACAGCCACGUGCCACAAAGGCAAACUCCAGCACCUAAUGGAGCCUCUCUCACCAAAGACGAGGAGUUUCUUCAGCCUGGGAAACCACUUUGUGCUUCACAGUCCUGUUCUCCAUUGAUGAUAAAUGCAAAUGAAGAGACUUUGAGAAAUGCAGAAUCCAGCACAGUGCGGAGUGUCCUGUCCCAGAUGGCUGCACUGAUCACGUGUUUAAUCAUUUCAAUAUGUACAAGAUAUUUUCUGGGAGGAUUGUCUGCCACUUUGUUGCUGAUAAUUUUUGUUUUUCUUUUCUCCCAAGAUGCUGCUGGGUCAUCUUUCUUCAGUCUUGACACAUAUUUCAAAACAACUAAGUUUUG